AUGCAGCCACAGUUAGCAAACUACCAGGCGCCGUACAUCGAAGAUGUCAGGAACCCACAGCUGCACUGUCCUGAUGAUGCAGGCUCCUCCAAGGCGUCUUACCGUGGCCAUGGCGAUCGCAAGACCUUUCCGCCGAUGGACUUCCCGCCUAGCCCCGGGUGGAAGAGCCCUCCGCCCGUCCCAUCGCCGAUGCCGUCUCUCGCGUAUCCGAACCCACCAACGUCGCGUCCAACGGUCGAAUGGCCUUCUCAAAGUGGUCACCACUCUGGGUUUCAGUCUCGGCCGCACGGUGCUUGGGCGAGUCCACUACAGGCUCGCAGGGUGGAGUUCACGCUACCGCCAACCCCACCGCCUUUCCCGCCAGCACGCAAGACCACAAACCACACCCCGCCAUCCUUCGUCCACACCAAUUGGGGGCCUCCACCAACCCCUCCCUGCGGCUCUGUUCGAGGGUUCGAUCCUGCGCCAGCUGACCUCGACUUCCUCCGCCACUGCCUGUCGUCUUCCGAUCUCUGGAGAGACGAGAAGUACAAGGCUCUCGGCAUGAUCAGUUCCCUUGGAACCCAAGAGCAGAUCAAUGAAGUAGAACAUGCGUUUCUUCGUCGCUGCUUGUCAUCCUCCGCUGCAUUCAAGGAGGACAAGUACAGGGCUCUGGGUAUCCUGAGUACAUUCCAGGCCAGUGAAACUGAGCUUCCAAGUGCAGAGAGGACUUCUCCAGCACAGCAACAGCCCGCUCACAGCGGCGCCGUACCUCCAAGCCCAGCGAGCCUUGCGGAGAAGAGCAGUUUGCCGGUGAGCAUGAUGUACGACAUCUCGAAGUCCAACAUCAAGAUUCAUGCUAUGCUGAAGUAUCAGCGUAUGCAGCAGGACUCGGAUCGUCUUGCUCGGAUCGAGGAGGAGUUGGCAGCUCGGGACACACCCCAGCUUGAGAACUUCAGCAAUCGGAGUACUAUGCAUAAACCCGACGACAAACCCACGCGACUGCAGAACAUCGAUGAACAGCUUUCGAGCAUCAACCACCCUCUCAAGAGACACGACGAUGACAACGCUACCAUUCAUGCCCGGAUCAAUGAGCUCGUGGAUAGUGUGACACACAUCGAUGAUUUCAUUGGCCGCCAUCAUGUUUUGGUACACUGCGAGCAAUCUUGGUCUGCCGAAAAAUGCAGGCAUGCCGACUGCGGGUACAUCAAGCCUGCCAGCCACGCAGUACAGCUCAACAGUCUCAGGGCCAGGCUUGCGGAAUUCUCACGAUCUCGUGUCCAAGAGCGUGACCGAACAAACGUACACGACCUCCUGAACGACCUUCGCUCUCGCUUAGGUCAAGUUGACGGCAAGGCGGAUGCUACUGUUCCGUGCCAACAGUUCUGGGACAGAAUUAACGAGCGAUGCCGACACGCAGACUGUGGGUACGGGCAGCCUUCGAAGCAGAACAAUAAUGGCUGGGGCUCAUCGGCCUCCCGCGCAAGCUCAGAAUGCGCAUCACCGGCAUAUGAGUACGUGAGUUGGGGUGUACCACCGCCCAAAUCUGACGUGAAGUCGCCGUCUCCGUCGGGCUGGGACUGUGGCUUGAACCUUCGCAGCGAGGCCCCUUCGAUCCUGGAAGUGAGAGGAGAGGCAUACAGCAACGCCGUCAAGCCUCGAGGAGAUCGCCACAAGAUCUUCGAUUACACCUUUGGUCAGAUCCGUUCAGGCGGCGGCAGCAUGGCGCGCCAUCCGUUCGAAACGCCUACACCGAGCCCCGUCAUCCGCAAGCGCAAGACCUCUAUGGUGCCGGAGGUGGUCUUGACAGGCUCUACAGACACUGUCCCUUCGCCAGCGCAAGCGAGGUCCAAAGAUCACGGAGAAGUUCCACCCCCGCUAAGACCCAAGGACAAGGAUUACAAGGACGGUAAGUGCCAUACGGCCAAUGAAGAGAUGUUUAGAGCCCUCUGGAGUACAGAGAGCGCCAAUGAGAAUGAUCUUUUCGACACGAGGAGCCCCGUCAAAGCAUCCGAAGAUGGUUCGGAGGCCAACACCACGGAUCUAAAGAGCCACAGCGGCGACAUCGAUGCUGGCAACGCGAAGAAGUCUCUUGAGAGCAAUUCACGGCCCAGCAGCCCGGAGCAGCCCACCACCAAAACCACAGCUGAGCCGAUGACCGCCCUGGGCCGAUUCGCAGAAUCAAAAUUCCAGGACCGCACAAAACCCAGUGUCGUCGCUGAGGUCACAGUUUCCCAGGAGCACAAAGACGUCAAACCAGCACCGCCCGCCUUCGAGCCCUGGAUACAAGACCUCCUCCAGAACGACAUCUGCAACUGCGCCUCCUGCAUGCUGAAGAGCCCGCACCUCCGAGUCGUAGGCGAGAAAGUGCCAGACUUACGCACCGCAAUCGCAACAGGACACAACCAGGCUCAAGCAACAUCCUGCGCCUUCAACGCUCGGGCUCCUGGCGGUACGAACUGUCCUCUUGCGGGGUGCGCAUCGUUGUUGUUCCACUACGCCUAUAAUCCUUCCCUUGCGCCUGGGAAUAGUUAUACGGGUCUGAUGUUCGCGCAGCAUGAUUUCGAUGAUCCUGCCUGCUUGUUCUGA